AUGCAAAACCUUACAGACAAAGGGGCCAUUAUUUUUGGCGUUCAAAAGACAUCACAGUUUGCCAACGGAGAGACAGCAACUGCGGACUGGGUAGACUAUCAUUCUCCAUUCAACCCUCGAGGAGACGGAUAUCAGGAUCCAGCUACAUCGUCUGCAGGUGCCGGCUCAUCAAUAGCAUCGUACGAGUGGCUAGAUCUGGCUGCUGGGAGCGACACUGGUGGCUCAAUCCGAGGACCAGCCGCCGUCCAGGGCAUUUUCGGAAAUCGUCCUUCUCACGGCCUCAUCAGCCUCGACAAUGCCAUGCCGCUGUCACCCAAACUGGACACGCCUGGAUUCUUGGCCCGUGAUCCCUACCUUUGGAAUGCCGCGAAUGCUGCGUUAUACCGGGAAAAUCCAUUGUCUCGCUGGAGCUGGGGAGAUUCUCAGCCAAGUUCCAUUUUGUCCCGAAAUAAGACGCUUUUCAUGAACUGGUUCAACGAAAAUAUCCUCCCGCGAAGCUCUGAUCCCCUAACCUGUUCAUCCGGCCUUCUUCUCCAUGUCGAUGGCUCAGCUGGUUUUAUCAGUCGCAACGGAUAUAUCAAUCCCCCGGUGCCGCCGUUUGGCUUUUCCAACGGCCAGAUAUCCGUAUUUGCCGAGACGCCGGAUAGUGUCUUCCCGCUUGGUCAGGUUCCCGCAUUUAGUUCCAUUACGAAUCACACCGAGUAUCUCCCUGUUACGAUCAACGUUGUCGCUGCGAAAGGAUGCGAUGUGCUCAUUGCAAAGCUGGCGGAAGACAUGGUUGCUGCUGGGAUACUGAAGGUGCUAAAGAUUGGGGCGGGAAUUGAGGGUGGAGAAAUUCUCAUGAGGCGAUAUUUUGUGCGAGAUGAUGGCGAUGAGGUGAUGAGCCGCAUCACUUCAAGGGGGCGGCUUUUAUUCCAGGACUGGGAUCGAUUGCGCGGCAUCCUCGCACCAACACUCUACGUUGACUACACCAAGAUUGGGAAGGGGAAAUGGGAAGCCAUGUCCGCUGACGACUUCAUGGCCAUGGUUUCUAAUGAUGACUUCCUUGGCGAUCUGUGUGUCAAGACACAGCAUCUGAUUGGCGCAACAUCUUGGGAGCGAGUUUCUGAGUCCAAAGUAGUUGGGCAUCAUCAGUUGAGAGCUGCGCAUCAGGUCUACACAAGCCCAGAUCUGAAGACGGUCAAGCUGCGCGGACAUAGCCAUGCUACGAACGAGCACUACUACGUCAAGAGUGAUGGGGUUUGGAAAUUUGCAGGUUUAAAGCCAGAGGUGCGAUGGAACGAACAUAAGUUUGAAGAGGUCUUCAAGGGCUCCUACACACAGUCGGAGAAACAUUCGUAG